AUGACCGCCCUCUACAUGCCCUCUUCUACCGCGUGGGGCCCUCCCCAGCACCUGCAGCACCGCUCGACGCCAGACGUAAUCUUCCCGGUCGCGUACUCUGUCGCCGAAGCGGCGCUCAAGUCGGGACCAAACUCUCCCUCGUUUGGCCAGUCGAUGAACUGUCUCAUGGACGCCGCCGCGCUCGACUCGCACUGGGGUGGCAACGCCAACGUCGCCUCCUGGCCCAAGGUCAAGACGCGCCGUGUCGCUAGCUUUGCUGGCCGCGGCCGUCCCCUCUGGGAGGUCGUCGAGCACGCCAAAGAGCGUCGCGAGAAGAAGACCCCCACGUUCCCUGCAUCGCCUGAAUUCGAGUCGUACACCCACGACUAUUCUCAUUCUGUUUCUCCCAUCGGUCUCGGCCUCGCUGCCGCGAUUGACGAUUCGACCCCCACUUACAAGGAUGUCACCAUCCUCACCACGCGCUCGGCCGACCCUUCCCCCGUCGACACCAUUGACGCCACCUUUGCCCAGAUGGCGGGACUCGGCCACGGCCGUAGCCCUCGCAUGUCUGCGUGCGACUUUGCGUCGAGGUCCACGUCGAGCUCGCCCAGGACUCCCUCGCACUCGCGGACCAUGUCGGACCGUUCCCCGUCCCAGGUCCUGCGUUCGCAGGCGACCCCCACUUCCCGGAGGGCCAUUGCGCGCAUGCCUUCUCUUGCGCAGAUCCAGGCCAAGAUGAACCGCUCGCCCGAUGUCACUGCCGUGCGCGGCAACUCGCGUUCCGACUCGAUGGACUCGCAAGACUCGGAGGGCCCCCGCACGCCGACCGACGAGCUUUCCUCGUUUGAGUUUGCCAUGCACGCACACAGGCCUGCCACUCCGGAUUCUCCUGCCAAGGAGUCGCGCCUCGCGCCCUUCCUCCGCGAGCGUACCAACGGCCGUCUCAACCUUGCUCGCCCAAAGUCGAUGCCCCCUCUGGCCGGUGAUGUCCUGCUCGACUUUUACCCCACCCCUCUCCCCGUGGACAAGCGUCACUCGACCUUCCCCCUCGACAGGCCUCCGCGUUCUGCGCCGCUCCGCCAGGGCUCGCUUCCUUCUACCCCGCAGUCCAAGCGUUACUCCCCCAUCCGUACUUGGAACUCUGAGGAAGUGACCCUUGUCGUCACUCCCCCAAAGGCAGCCCAGUACGAGCAGCCCCCCACGUCGCCGACCGAGUCUGUCCUGUCGACUGUCUCGUCCGUGCCCUCGCUUCCGAUCAUUACAUGCACGCCCGCCGUCGAAGCCGACUCUGACGAAGAGUCCGAGGGCGACGUGAUUGUGUUUUCGGGCGAGCUGGAGGAGGAGCACGACAGCGACGACGACAACGACGACAUUGAGCGUUUCAAGAUUGGACGCGAGAUGCUGUCGCGUCUGUCGCGCCGUGCGUCUGACGGUGGACGUUGA